GUGAGAGCGUCGCUGGAUUAGGCCUGUGGCAGGUCGGACGGAUUACGGAGCGCGGCGCGGCUGUGCGCUCUGCUCGGUGCCGCUUCUUCACCCACAGCCCGCACCCCACGCUCCCGCUGAUCCGCUGAUCCGGCCCACGGUCUGCGUGGAAACAUGGCCGACGUCCCUCAGAUCGUGAAGAUUGGGAUUUCGCUGAAGAUGCUUCCCAACAACAGCGCGGUGUUCUUCAAAGCCGACGGCGCCAGGUUCGGGCAGACGCGCACCAUCAAGCUGCUGACGGGCUCCAAGUACAAAAUCGAGGUGGUCGUGAAACCGGGAGCGGUCGAAGCCACGUCAAUGAGCAUCGGUGGAGUGACGUUCCCCCUGGAGCAGCAGUCCAAAGACCCACAGUCAGUGGUGUACAGCGGCCAGUACGACACGGAGGGCGUGACGCACACCAAGAGUGGGGAGAGGCAGCCGGUCCAAAUCAACAUACAGUUCACGACGGCGGGGGCGUUCGAGACCGUGUGGCAGGUGAAGUUCUACAACUACAACAAGAGGGACCACUGCCAGUGGGGAAACAGCUUCAACAGCAUCGAGUACGAAUGCAAACCCAACGACACGCGCACGCUCAUGUGGGUCAACAAGGAGACGUUUGCUUGACGGAGACGGAGACGAGUCGUCUCAUCGGCUGUUCAGCGUCGCCACAGCACAAGGCGCGUCCCAGUCCCCUCCCAGUAAACGCAGUGGGAUCCUGUAGCAGCUCGUUUGCAGCGUUAACGCUGUGGGCUGGUUUUACUUAUGGUGAUUAUGCAAAUGUGUUUGUACAGUACUGUGUGUGUGUGUGUGUGUGUGUGUGUGUGUGUGUGUGUGUGUGUGUGUGUGUAACGUGAUGUGCGUUUAGCUACAGUACAUCUGUUUUGCAAACUGAUGUCUCUUUGAAGUUGAGACCUGGUGUAAAGAGUUUCACACAAAUCUGACGUCCAAUUUCUCCCCAUCGUUUCGUGGAAACAUGUUUACGUUAAAAACGAACGGUGGAGGACAAAAUCUACUUUUGAUUCAAAUGAAGGCAAAAUUAUUUAUUUGAAUAUGCAGGCAAACAUGCAGCAUCCCGGCUGUGACCAGUAUUUGGGGUGAAACUCUCUGUGUGUAGACGUGUGUGUUAUUGUGCUACUGUUGUGUGUGCAGUGUGAUGGGGGCUUCGGGUGGAGUUGUCCUCAUAUUCAUGGCAUGUUUAUUCUCUCUACCUCGUCCAGCAACCUUAUCCAUGAAUAUCUGUGUCAUUUUUCAAAACAGUAUUUUUGUACAGUGAACAAUGUCAUAUAUUAUUAUAUUGUAUGUAUUUCGGAGCAAAAGCUGAACUAUACUGAAUUGACCUAUGCAAGACUAUAAAUUAACAGUUGAUUGUUUACAUGUACACAUUAACCUAACAUUUUUGUAAAAGUGUGCUUUAUAUUGUUGUUCUAAAAUGGAAAACGUUUGUGCUCAUUUAAUGACUUACAUGAUUGUCACCAUGACGACAGUGAGUCUGAAGCUAUAGGGACGUCCUGCAAAAAGCACAAUCAAAGCUGAGGUUUCACAUCCUGUGUCACAAUAAAAAAGCCAGAGCUUC